UAUCAAGCCACCAUUCUUUUUUUAAUGGGAAAAGAACGCUCGCCUAACAAACAGUUGUUAGUAAAAAAGAUUUACAAGUGGGUAGAGACGAAUAUUCCAUUUUACAAUCAAACACGUAAGGGCUGGAAGAAUUCUGUGCGACUUAAUCUGUAA